AUGUUGCUGUUGAACGUCGUUAUAACCUUCCUACUUCUGAUGCCCAUUUGGACUCUAGUUUGCUCAGCUUGUGCUGCCACAGCACCUCCCAGUCAUCCUACAACACUUGGCCCAACCAUACCAACUGUCACGCCCACGAGUGCGCCAGGUACGUCUACUACUAUUACUACCGUAAUUACUAGAAGCUAUAAAGCCACGACUCUGGCGUGAUCGUAAGUAGCUACGUCUUGUCAGUGAAACUAUAAUUCUUUAUUUAAAAGUCGAUUUUCCGAUAUUAAUAUAGAUAAUUAACCUAAAUCACAAUAUUUCCCCAUGAUAUGUUGUUUAAUUCAUAUUCUUUUCAGUGACGUGUGGCACAUCUUGUACUCAAGUAGUACUACAGAUGGACAGUGAAAACAGCAGACCAAUCAACCAAAUAGCGACUGCCAAUGUUGUUAAUGGCUGUCCUGGCUUCACGUUAGAUUGUGCCGGAACGGCGGACGACUCAGUCGUCAUUUUUACAGUAAGUAUACUUUGUGCCUUCACCUACAUUACUAUCAUUUCUAAUUUUUUCUAUCUUAUUUAAUUACAUCAGUUUUUCAAAAUAUUUUAGACAUAUAUAGUAAAAAACCAUAUAAUAGACCAAAAAUCCGUAGUAUUAUGCCAAUUUUCAGUGGUAUAAAGACGGAAAAGAUGUGGGAAGCACGUUCGGAACAGGCACAGUAAACGCUGUGGUCGCGUGCGCCGAAAACAACGUGCUAACGUUAGAAGGAACGGUCGUUGACACAGUUGAAUGUAUUUCCGCCUAA